AAUUUGGCUCACUUGAGUGAUAAAAUGUCUCUGCAGGUCAUAGCUGUCAAUGGUGAUUUUCCAGGGCCCUUCAUCAACGUUACGACUAAUAACAAUGUUAAUGUGAACGUCCACAAUGAUUUGGAUGAAGAUCUUCUCGUUACAUGGUCUGGCAUUCAAAUGCGCCGCGAUGCAUGGGAAGAUGGUGUUAUUGGAACAAAUUGUCCAAUUCCUCCCAAGUGGAAUUGGACAUACCAGUUCCAAGUCAAGGAUCAAAUUGGGAGUUUCUUUUACUUCCCUUCCCUGAAUUUCCAAAGAGCCUCUGGUGGUUUUGGUCCCAUUGUUGUCAAUAAUAGGAAUAUUAUCCCUAUUCCUUUUGCACAGCCAGAUGGGGAUAUUUUCAUCAUAAUUGGUGAUUGGUAUACCCAGACUCACACGGCUCUGAGAACAACACUUGAUGGUGGAAAAGACCUUGGAAUUCCAGAUGGUGUUCUCAUCAAUGGAAAGGGACCUUACCAAUACAACACCACUCUUGUACCUGCUGGCAUUGACUAUGAAACAAUUAGGGUUGAUCCAGGCAAGACAUACCGACUUCGAGUCCACAAUGUGGGGAUUUCAACUAGUUUGAACUUCCGAAUUCAAAAUCACAAUCUACUGCUUGCAGAAACAGAGGGCCAUUACACAAUUCAAACAAAUUUCACUGACUUUGAUAUUCAUGCUGGCCAGUCAUACUCUUUUCUACUUUCAACUGAUCAGAAUGCAAGUACAGACUACUAUAUUGUUGCAAGUGCAAGGUUUGUAAAUGGUUCAGCAUGGGAUAGGGUUACGGGUGUUGCAAUUUUACACUACUCAAAUUCUCAGGGAAAAGCAAGUGGUCCACUUCCACCCCCACCAGAUGAUAUUUAUAACCCGGGUUAUUCAAUGAACCAAGCCAAAAGUGUCAGGCAAAACACAUCUGCUAGUGGAGCUCGCCCUAAUCCCCAAGGAUCCUUUCACUAUGGAUCUAUCAAUAUCACUGAUACAUAUUUGUUACAAGUUGUGCCACCAGUGACCAUAAAAGGCAAUGUUCGAGCUACUAUCAAUGGGGUCUCAUUUAAUAAGCCUUCUGUUCCAUUUCGGCUUGCUGAUCUGCAUAAAUUAAGAGGAAUUUACAAGCUUGAUUUCCCCAGUAAACCGAUGAACAAAGCACCAGUAAUCGACACCUCUCUCAUAAAUGCUACUUAUAAGGGGUUCAUUGAGAUUGUACUGCAAAACAAUGACACAACAGUGCAGAAUUUUCACUUGGAUGGCUACUCCUUUUUUGUAGUUGGGAUGGACUUUGGUAAUUGGUCAGAGAAUUCUAGAGGUUCUUAUAACAAGUGGGAUGCGAUUUCUCGCUGCACAACUCAGGUUUACCCUGGAGGAUGGACAGCAAUCCUUAUAUCUCUAGACAAUGUUGGAACUUGGAACCUGAGAUCAGAAAACCUUGACAGGUGGUUCCUAGGCCAAGAAACAUAUAUGAGGAUCGUCAAUCCUGAAGAAAAUGGUGAAACUGAGAUGCCUCCACCAGAUCAUGUUCUCUACUGUGGCCCCCUCAAAAACUUGCAGAAGCAGCAGAACCAUUCUUCUUCUGCAGUCUCUGCUUUUGGAGGGAACCUCCUUUUAUCAUUACUACUGGCACUUUUUGCUGCGAUUUUCAUGUGUAACUAAGGAUUCUAUUUGCUUUUGUUUGCUUUCUUACAUUACUCAAUUGUAGUUAAUAGGCCAUUUAGUGGAGUUUGAUUACUAA